CAGCACUGUAAGCUCAGGGAUGGGACUUCAACGUAGAACAAGGCUAGAACAGGCCUGAGCAAUAGCAGGACCCUCGGGGGGGUUUACCUUUUAGGGGGUUCUGGAAAUCACCUAGGGGAAUGCCCACCACCCGGGACCGACUGGGCCAAGAACACCCCAGGAAUUCUUUGUCUUCAUGCAGCCCACUCCCUAGGAGUCGCUGGGUGUGGCAUACACAAACAGAUUAAUAAAGGCUUAGGGACAAAAAGGAGUUUGAAGUGAAAUACUAGUUGACAAAUGAAAAGGCAGGCUGGGCCAGCAGACAGGCCUUUUGGCGGUGAGGAGGGGUUCUCUGGGAUUGGAAGGGCUCCAGAGAUGGAGAAGGCCAUUGUCCGCGGCAAAGAGAAGGCUUCAGAGCUGCGGCGUGGGCCGCUGUUCCCACUCGGGAAGAGAACCGUCUACAAGAGCGUGUGCCUGUCCCUGGCCUUGCUCGUGGCCGUAACGGUAUUCCAGCGCAGUCUGACCCCUAGCCAGUUUCUGCAGGAGCCCCCGCCAGCCUCCCUCAAGCAACAGAAGGCCCAGAAACCCAGCGGACUCCUGGUGAACCCUGACAGCUUCUGGAAGAGCGCGAAGGAGGCAGUCACCCCAACUCCCGUGGUUUCACGGAGGCCCCAGGCCUGGGACGUGAACACCACUAACUGCUCGGCCAAUGUAAACUUGACCCACCAACCCUGGUUUCAGGGCCUGGAGCCACACUUCCAGCAGUUUCUGUCCUAUCGCCACUGCCGCUACUUUCCUAUGCUUCUCAAUCAUCCAGAGAAGUGCAGUGGUGAUGUGUACCUGCUGGUGGUCGUCAAGUCCAUCAUUGUGCAGCAUGACCGCCGCGAGGCCAUCCGCCAGACCUGGGGCCGCGAGCAGGAGUCGGCGGGCAGGGGCCGCGGUGCAGUGCGCACUCUCUUCCUGCUGGGCAAGGCCUCCAAGCCGGAGGAGCAGUCCCACUACCAGCAGCUGCUGGCCUACGAGGACCGCAUCUACGGGGACAUACUGCAAUGGGACUUCCUUGACAGCUUCUUCAACCUGACCCUCAAGGAGAUCCACUUCCUCAAGUGGCUCGACAUCUACUGCCCUGAUGUCCGCUUUGUCUUCAAGGGCGAUGACGAUGUCUUCGUCAACCCCACCAACCUGCUGGAAUUUCUGGCCGACCGGCGGCCCCAGGAGGACCUGUUUGUGGGCGACGUUUUGCAUCACGCCCGGCCCAUCCGCCGGAAGGAUAGCAAGUACUACAUCCCCGGGAUCUUAUACAGUCAGAACAGUUACCCGCCCUACGCAGGUGGAGGGGGCUUCCUUAUGGCCAGGGGACUGGCCCAGCGCCUACACCACAGCUGCGACACCCUGGAGCUUUACCCCAUCGACGACGUCUUCCUGGGCAUGUGCCUGGAGGUGCUGGGCGUGCGGCCCAUGGCCCACGAGGGCUUCAAGACGUUCGGCAUCUCCAGGAAUCGCAACAGCCGCAUGAACAAGGAGCCCUGCUUCUUCCGCUCCAUGCUUGUCGUGCACAAGCUUCUGCCCACCGAGCUGCUGGCCAUGUGGGAGCUGGUGCAUGGCAACCUCACCUGUUCCCGCAAGCUCCAGGUGCUCUGACCUGGCCCGGGCCGUCAGGAUUGACGAGGAACAUGUGCUCCGGAGUGCCUGCGAGUCACGAGGCUGCAGCUGCAAGGCCAGGGCACCGCCUCUGGUCCCCUGCAGGGAGGUGGAGGGGUGGGCCUUACGUGCCCCUGGGUGUGGUGGGGUGCGGGUGACCGGGACUGAGGCCCGGCCACGUUCCAAAUGGCCCAGACUGGAGACUGGUUCUCUGGCAGCCCUCCUAGCCUGGGUCUGUGGUCUGGCUCCCUCUAACCGGGCGGGAGGCACUGAUGGCCUCUCAAGGAACCCUGUGCUCAGGUACCCGGGCUUGACCUGCCCUCGACGGGUCCAGGGCUGCCCUCUUGUCUUCACAGAGAGGAUCCUCCAGCUUCUGUGAAAUGCCUCAGUCUCCCCGUGGGCUGCUUGGGCAGCCCUUUCAGGAGAAAGCUCAACCCUGUGCAGGCUCACAGGCCUCCCCCCGUCAACGCCUCUGGGGGCUCCUGGAGACCGAGCCGCCCAAGGCCCUCAGCAACCCCCUGCCCCCCCGGGGCCCUGACCCUCCUGGGGUUUGACUGCACAGUCUCUGCUCCCAGGUGGCUUCACUCCUGGCUGCGUCCCGCGCUGCUCUGUCUGGCUCCCGUCUGUCCGGAAGCCAGAGCAGCGGCUCUGACUACCUCAGUGAUCCUCAGAACCUCUGGAUGGGCUGCAGCCCCACCUCACCGCACCCCAGCCCCCACUCCCCUGCCCCCAGACACAGGGCCAGAGAGCCGUGCUCCAGUCCCAGCAGUCCCAGUGCUGCUUCGCAAGGCCUGGCUCCCCCAGUCGGAAACCAGCUGGUCUGACCCUGGAAGGAUAUGCCUCCAUUACUGUGAAGUUUUAUUUAUGAAGAAUUCGGAGGGAGAAGGCGCCAGGCCUCGGAGGGUGGGGGUG